UUGCAGAGGCCGAGCCGCUGCCCCCCGCCUCGGGGCUGCGCUGCUGGGGCUGGGACGGCCCCGGGACCCCCAGGGGCGACCCCCAAGUGGUGACCUGCGGGGGGGGCCUGACCCACUGCGGCCUGGCCUGGAGCUACGGCCCCUCGGGUGAGCCUUGGCUGCUCCGUGGCUGUGUCACCCCCAGCUGGUGCCAGACCCCCCUGGGGCUGGGGGCGAUGUGGGGCAGCCCCAUAGCAACCCCUCCGCCCCCCACGUCCCCCCCCGGCCCCACAACUGCCCCCCGGCCCCACAGCGACGCCCCCGGCCCCAUAGCGCCCCCCACCUGCUGCCAGGGCUCCUUCUGCAACCGGCUGCCCGGGGACCCCCCCGCGCCCUCCUCUGCCCCACGGCUGCCCCCUGGCUGCCGCCAGCUGCUACUGCUGCCCCUCGUCGCCCUCCGGCUGUGGGGCUGA